UUCUUCUUCUUCUUCUUUUUAAGUAAAACAGAUAAAUCUGAGUUUUCAUGCGGUUGUUAAGAUCCCACAGUAAGUAGAACUGAGCUUUAAAACCACAACGUUUUAGCAGAAAUAACAAGAAAACGUGAUAAAAACAUUACUGUGAAAGGCUCAGAUCAUAGGCAUUGGGUGCUGGAAUCGCAGGACUGCAACAGCCCGAAUCCCCUGUGGCUGUCCCUGAGCUCAAGCCUGUUUCCUUCCAACUUGAUCUGCACACAGCUGGACAGGAACCCAGGCACUGCACAAAUAAAUCACUUUCCUAUGUCCCCGGAAGUCCUUCGCUCUGACUUGUGGGAAAUGUAGUUCCGACCACGAUGACAUCACAAGAAGGGGCUGUGGAUACCGAACUUCCGCGUCAGUCUUCAAACUUAGCUUCUCCCCAAAGUUAGGCGAGUGUCCUGCUCAGCACUGGGCUUGGAUCUCUGACAUGGAGGAUAUACUGUCAUUCUGGGAUGUGGUUAUUUAUUUCUCUGCAGAGGAGUGGGAUUGCCUGGGCCCUGCUCAAUGGAAAUUGUACAGAGAUGUGAUGUUGGAGAAUUACAACAACCUUGUGUUCCUGGGUCUUGCUUCCUGUAAGCCAUACCUGGUUACAUUUCUGGAGCAAAGACAAGAGCCUUAUGGUGUGAGGAGACAAGCAGCAGAUGUCAUGCAAGCAGGGAAAAAAUGCUACACAUGCAAAGAAUGUGGCAAAGCCUUUGAUUGGAAAUCAAAAUUUAGUAAGCAUCAAAGAAUUCAUUUAAGAUUGAAACCCUACAAGUGUGAAGAGUGUCAUAAGGCCUUCCGUGUCCCAUCAUUACUAAAGGAACACAAGAGAAUUCAUACAGGAGAGAAACCAUACACAUGUGAAUUAUGUGCUAAGGCCUUCCAUGGUCCAUCAUUACUUAAUAAACACAAGAGAAUUCAUACUAGGGAAAAACCCUUCAAAUGUCAAGUAAGUGGAAAGGCCUUUCAUUUUUCAUCAGUACUUUCUGAACACAAGAAAAGUUAUACUGGACAGAAACCCUACAAGUGUGAAGUAUGUGACAAGGCCUUCCGUUUUCCUUCCUUACUUUCUGAACACAAGAGGAUUCACACAGGAGAAAAACCCUACAAGUGUGAAACAUGUAACAAGGCCUUCCAUGCACCAUCAUUACUUUCUGUACACAAGAGAAUUCACACAGGAGAGAAACCCUACAAGUGUGAAGAAUGUGGCAAGGCCUUCCGUGUUCCAUCAUUACUUUCUAAACACAAAGUAAUUCAUACUGGAGAAAAACCCUACAAGUGUGACGUAUGUGGCAAGGCCUUCCGUGCUCCAUCACUACUUUCAGUACACAAGAAAAUUCAUACAGGUGUGAAACCAUACACGUGUGAAGUAUGUGGCAAGGCCUUCCAUUAUCCAUCAAUACUUUCUAAGCAUAAGAGAAUUCACACAGGAGAGAAGCCAUACAAGUGUGAAGUGUGUGGGAAUGCCUUUCGUUUCCCAUCAUUACUUUCUGUACACAAGAGAAUUCAUACUGGAGAAAAACCUUACAGGUGUGAAGUAUGUGGCAAGGAAUUCCAUUGCCCAUCAUUGCUUUCUAAACACAAGAGAAUUCAUACAGGAAUGAAGCCCUACAAGUGUGACGUCUGUGGCAAGGCUUUCCGUGCCCCAUCUGUGCUUUCUGUACACAAGAGAAUUCAUACGGGAGAAAAACCCUACAAGUGUGAAGUAUGUGCCAAGGCCUUCCGUUGUCCAUCAUUACUUUCUAAACAUAAGAGAAUUCAUACAGGAGAAAAACUCUACAAGUGUGAAUUAUGUGGCAAGGCCUUCCAUUGUCCAUCAUUACUUUCUAAACACAAGAGAACUCAUACAGGAGAGAAACACCACAAAUGUAAAGUAUGUGGUCUGGCCUUCCAUUGUCCAUCAUCACUUUCUGAACACAAGAGAAUUCAUACAGUUGAGAAACCCUACAAGUGCGACGUAUGUGGUGAGGCUUUUAGGACUUCCCGGAUUCUUUCUACUCACUUGAUAACCCAUUCUGGAGAGAAACCCUACAAGUGUGAAGAAUGUGGAAAAGCCUUCUCUACAAAAUCAUACUUAUGUCAGCACAAAUUUACUCACAAUGUGGAGAACCCUUACAAAUGUAAAGAAUGUGGCAAAGUGCUCAACAAUACUAAAAACUUUAAGGAUCACCAAAGAAUUCAUUCUGGAGAGAAACCCUACAGGUGUAAAGAGUGUGGCAAAGACUUCAGAAGUUCUACAGCACGUUCUAAACACCGGAUAAUUCAUACUGGAGAGAAACGUUACAAGUGUGAAGAUUGUGGCAAAAGCUAUUACCAGUCUUCUGGUCUUAAGCAACAUCAAAAAAUUCAUUUGUGACAGAAACUUCACAAGUCUGAAGAAUACCAUAAAAGAUAUAAAAAAAUCGUUCUGAGUAGAAGCCCUCUAAGUGUGGGGUAUGCGUCUUCCGCUGCACCCGCGUACCGAGGAGCCAUUGUGGAGAGGGCACUUCCGCAUUGCGUCUGCACCAGCGCCUCUGCUCGCAAAGUUGGGCGAUUCUCGGGUCCUGCUCCGCGCUCGGGUCGCGUCUCCGACAUGGAGGUUGGUCCAGGCUGCCGCGCAUCUCUGCAGGAAAUGCUGUCAUUCAGGGAUGUGGCCAUUGAUUUCUCUGCAGAGGAGUGGGAAUGCCUAGGCCCUGCUCAGUGGAGUCUGUACAGGGAUGUGAUGCUGGAGAAUUACAGCAACCUUGUGUUUCUGGGGCUUGCUUUCUCUAAGCCAUACCUGGUCACCUUUCUAGAGCAAAGACAAGAGCCUUCAGAUGUGAAGAGACAAGCAGCUGCCAUACAAACAGAUAUAAAACCAUAUAAAUGUAAAGAAUGUGGCAAAGCCUGUGAUUGGGACUCACUGCUUGAAUACCAGAGAAUUCAUCCAGGAGAGAAAGCCUAUAAGUGUGAAGAAUGUGGUAAGGCUUCCGAUUCUUGCUCAGUACUUUCUGAACACCAGAUAAUUGAUAUGGGAGAGAAAGCCUACAAGUGUGAAGAAUGUGGCAAAGCCAUUUGUACUUGCUCAGGACAUUCUAGCUACCAGAGAAUUUGUAUUGGAGAGAACCCCUACAAGUGUGAAGAAUGUGGAAAAGCCUUCCCCACUUACUCAUGUCUUACUGAGCACGAGGUAGAACACACUGAACAAAAAUUCUACAGCUGUGAAGAAUGUGGGAAACUGUUUUAUUGUCAUUCUCACCUUACAGAACAUCAAAGAAUUCAUUUCCAAGAGAAUUCCUUUAAGAUUGAAGUAUGUAGCGAGGACUUUUGUUCUCCCAUAGAACUUUCUGAUGACCAGAGAUUCUGUAUUGAAGAGAAGCCCUACAAGUAUGAAGAAUGUGUUAAGGCCUUUAGUGCUUGCUCAAUGCUUUCUGAUCACCCGGGAAUUCAUCCAGGAGAGAAAGCCUACAAGUGUGAAGAAUGUGGCAAUGCCUUUUGUGCACUCCAUUCAGUAUCUAAACAGCUGAAAAUUGAUUGUGAAGUGAAGUCCUACAAGUGUGAAGAAUGUGGGAAAGCCUUUCCUAGUCAUCUUUCCCUGAUUCAGCAUAAGAUAGGUCAUACUAGAGAGAAACCUUACCAAUGUGAAGAAUGUGGCAAAAUGUUUUACUGUUCUUCAAACCUUAAGCAACAUCAAAUAACUCAUUCUCAAGAAAAACCCUACAAGUGUGAAGUAUGUGGCAAGGUCUUUAGAACUUGCUGGCAACUUUCUAAACACCUGAGAAUCCAUUCUGGAGAGAAACCAUACAAGUGUGAAGAAUGUGGCAAAGCCUUUUACACUCUCUCAUACCUUACUCAUCACAAGUUAGGUCAUACUGGGGAGAAACCUUACAAAUGUGAGGAAUGUGGCAAGACCUUUUACUAUCCUUCAGUCCUUAAGGAACACCAAGCAAUUCAUUCUGGAGAGAAACCAUACAGGUGUGAAGAAUGCGGCAAGGACUUCUGUACGCGCUCAGGACGUUCUAGACACCAGCGAAUUCAUACUGGAGAGAAACCCUACAAGUGUGAGCAAUGUGGAAAGGCCUUUUCUACUCAUUCAUACCUUUCUCAUCACAAGAUAGUUCACACUGGCCAUAAACCCUACAAGUGUGAGGAAUGUGGCAAAAAGUUUUAUUAUCCUUCUCGCCUUAAGGAACAUCAAAGAAUUCAUUCUCAAGAGAACCCUUACAAGUGUGAAAUUUGUGGCAAAGCCUUUUAUACUCACUCAUACUUUACUCAGCACAAAUUAGGUCAUACUGGAGAGAAACCUUACAAAUGUGAGGAAUGUGGCAAGACCUUUUACUAUCCUUCAAUCCUUAGGGAACACCAAGCAAUUCAUUCUGGAAAGAAACCAUACAGGUGUGAAGAAUGCGGUAAGGACUUCUGCACGCGCUCAGGACGUUCCAGACACCAGCGAAUUCAUACUGGAGAGAAACCCUACAAGUGUGAGCAAUGUGGAAAGGCCUUUUCUACUCAUUCAUACCUUUCGCAGCACAAGGUGGUUCACUCUGGAGAGAAACCCUACAAGUGUGAGGAAUGUGGAAAGAUGUUUUAUUAUCCUUCUCGCCUAAAGGAACAUCAAAGAAUUCAUUCUCAAGAGAAUUCCUACAAGUGUGAAGUGUGUGGCAAAGUCUUUAGUGCUCCCUUAGAACUUGCUACACACCUGAAUAUUCAUUCUGCAGGUGUGUAGGAUGUGGAAAGGUUUUUAACUUAUCCAUCCUUACCUCGACACAAAUUCCUGGAGAGAAAUCUUACCUGUGUAAGGAAUGUGGCAAAAUGUUUUCUAUCCUCCAAACCUUAAACAACACCAACUAACUAGUUCUGGAGGAAAUCACACAAGUGUGAGGACUGUAGGAAAGUCUUUUGUACUCAGUUAGAACUUUCUAAACAUCAAAAAAUCAUACUGGUGAGAAAGGCCACAAAUGUGGAAAAGCUUCUGCUAGACUUUUUAACCUUACCCAGCACAAGGUAGUUCAUUCUAUUCAGAAACACUAUCCAUGGGAAAAUGCUGGAGAAUUUUUAGUCUUCAAUCCUUAGAAAAAAGUCACAGAGUUCAUUCUCAAGAGAGACCCUGCAAGUGUGAGGGGUGUGUCAAAGCCUUUGGUUAUCGUUCAGACCUUAUCCAACUCAAAUGAAUCCAUCGCAGAGAGAAACCAAACCCUUGUGAAGGAUGUGGCGAGUGCUUUACUAAUAAUUCAACACUUUCUAACCUCCAUAAAAGUUAUACUGGGGAGAAACACUACAAAUGGGAAUGCAUUGACAAGCCUUUUAAAGGCUCUUUAUCAGUUAACACAAAAGUGUUGGCACUGAAGAGUGCUCACACAGUAGAGCAUAUUAUGAAGGUUUCAUUUGUCAGUCAACUCUUGCUGAUCAUCAGAGAAUUCACACUUGGGAGAAUCUCUAAACAAUAUACGGAAUAUAGGCAGGUGUUUAGUUAUAAUUUGCCACUGCAUAAGCAUGAAAGAAUUAGUACCACAGAAAUACAAAGAAUGUGGCAAGGCCUUUAGCUGUUUUUCAUACUUUAAUUAUCCUCAGAGACUUCAUACUGGAAACUACACAUAUAAAUAAUGUGUCAAACCCUUUAAUAAUAUUUCAAAUCUCAGUCAACACCAAAGAAUUCAGUAAGCUUCACUGUUCAACUUCAUGCCUCUUCAUUUUCUAAGGGAGUCUCAGCUGUGUGGUUGCCUGGAUCUGACUGGCUUACAGAUGUGGCUAUGGGACCCUGGAUGCUGAUUAAUGCCCAGUCCCACCCCUGGGCAGAUGGUCCUGGGUGGAUGAGAAUUCUGGCCAAGCAGAAAUCAGAGGGAGCAAGCCAGUAAGCAGAAUACUUUAGUUCCUGCCUCGAGAUUUCUCCCUUGAGCUCUUGCCCUGGCUAAACUGGUUUUCUAAUUCCUAAACUGGAGUAAACCCUUUCCUCUCCUAAGUUGUGUCUUAGUCAUAGCAUUUAUCACAGCAGCAGACAUCAAAGUCAGACAGCAGUGGACAUGGAAAGGCUUUUCAAUUUUAUACCUUAAUUAUCAUCAGUCUUCAUACUGGAGAGAAUGUCACAACGUCUUUUAGAGUGGAGAAUCAGAGCCCUAGCCUCAGCUAAGAACACCUGAGUCCUAUAGCAGAGACUUCCCUUUGCUGUAAUCUACAAACCUGUUCUUUUAGACAAAGUUUUCAGGGUGCAUCAAUUGAUUGUUCUGUAACUACAAAUGUUUCCUGAAAUUGUUACCAUGUUAUCCAUCUGUACCUGGGUAACCUGAAUCGAUUCUUGAGCCAUGAUCUCUAUGGCGGAUUUCUCCCUUGGGAUCCCCCAAUUGUUAGUAACUCUUCCCCUUUGGUCUGUAAGAAAACCCAAUAAAUUCACUUUUCUCAUCAAUUUGGGCUGUGGUGAAAUCCUAGGAUCAUUUGUUGUUGGGUCCCUUUGUAGUGACUAGGUAUUUGUGGCUAGAGAUAGGUAACAUGUCAUUCAUAUAUGGCUCCAAAAUAAACAAUGUUUCAUUCCCUUUCA